GUGUAAUCUACUUAUUGUACAAAGUCAUAUAAAUUUUAAAUUUUGAAUAGAAUAAGUUUUCGAGGAGUGUCUUUGCAUAAUCCACAAUUUAACGAAGUUUUUGGUUUUUUAGGAAAACUACUAGAUAAUAAAGAAUGGUUUGAAAGAUUGAGUACAAUACUUCGCAUGGGAUGUUUGUGCACCAGCGAAAGUAUCGAUAUAAAUGGAAUAAGAUACAAUGUAAGGGAUCUGCUGGGAGAAGGUGGUUUUUCUUGUGUAGAAUUGGUGGAGCAGGCAUCGACGCGGAAAAAAUUUGCGUUGAAACGAAUUAAAUGCCACAGUCUGGACGAUGAAAAGAUUGCCAGUAACGAAAUAUCCUUCUCUAAAAAAUUGAGACACGCAAAUAUUAUCGAACUAAUUGAUUCGUGUAUUAAAGGUUCUGCAGAUACAGUGGUCAAUUCUACCUCAGAAGCUUUCCUAGUACUUCCAUAUUUUAAAAGAGGAACUCUACACGAUUAUCUAGCUCUUAAAUCAGUUUCAAAGACUUAUUUGGAUGUAAGAGACAUAAUUAGGAUAUUUUAUGAUAUAUGUCAAGCGGUGAAAUAUAUGCACAAUUUUACCCCAGAGCCAGUGGCACAUAGGGACCUUAAAACUGGAAAUGUCUGCCUGACUGAUAAUAUGGAUCCUAUUUUAAUGGACUUAGGAUCUUGUGCACCUGCAAAAGUCCAAAUUUGUGGCUCACGGGACGCUCAACGGUUACAAGAUAUUGCCGCAGAACGAUGUUCAAUGACGUACAGGGCGCCCGAAUUAUUUCAAGUGGAAAGCUAUUGUGUUAUUGAUCAAAGGAGUGAUAUUUGGAGUUUAGGAUGUUUGCUUUAUGCUCUGCUAUAUUAUAAAUCACCUUACGAUUGUGUCUACGAAAGAGGGGACUCUGUUAAUUUGGCCGUGAUAUCUGGAAAUGUGCAUUUUCCAGAAGAGACUGCGUUUGCCAAGGAAUUACAUGACUUGAUCUUAUUUAUGCUUCAAGUAAAUCCUGCUGAAAGACCGUUUAUUGAGGAUGUCAUUGAAAAAAUUGAUGAGUUCAAGAGACAUCUUGAUACAAGUAUCUAAUCUAUUUUAAUGUAUCUAAUAAUUAUUAUUAUUAAGCUUCAAAUUUAAUUUAGUUUAAGACCAAAUUGUAAAUAAUUAAUAUAUUGUACAUAUUUUAA